UAUAUCAAUCCGAAGUGGUUUGUAGAUUGAAUCAGUGACUGACUGAAUUGGGAGAUACAAGUUGUGUAAUAGCAAGGUGAUACAGUGGGCAACGUGAACUUUCGAGUGUGUUUAUAGGACUUUUCAUUCCACUCUGUUCCCAAGUUUACAGCACUUUUUUGUUGAAGAAACGGUCAAGAGAAACAUGCACAAAGUGUUCCUCGUGUUGUUUUUAUUUGCCUCCGUCUACUCUGAGUCGGUGCGGGAGACUGAGACAUGGAUGCCCAUGAAGACGACCCAAGCCGCGUCGCACGACGAGCUUGUUGCGUCUGGUGACGGCUCCGACUUUGGCUUCCCUGAUGAGGAACACGACACAUUUGACAAUGAGGAUGAAAUGGACGAUGAAGACUUCUCUGGCUCUGGAGAUGGAGUAACUACUAUUACAAUCAAAAAUGACAAAACCAUGACAAAGUCUACCAUGAACGACAACAAGAUUCCAGACCUGGACAUACCCCUGAGGACCAAACCCACACCGAAUGAGAUUGAACUGGUCCAGAAGAACAAUGAAGUGUCAGUGCGGGGUGCUCCCAAACCCGAGGAGUACCCAUCAAACGUACUGAUGGCCCAUGCGGGGGAGGAGAGCAUCUUCAGAAAAACAGAGGUCCUAGCAGCUCUGAUUGCUGGUGGAGCAGUGGGGCUGCUCUUUGCAGUCUUCCUCGUCCUUCUGCUCAUCUAUCGCAUGAAGAAGAAGGACGAAGGCAGCUACGAUCUGGGAAAGAAGCCCAUUUACAAAAAGGCUCCGACAACGGAGAUCUACGCCUAAAGCCCACCUUCGUCGGGGCCCCUGCCUGCUCUCCAGUGCCUCUCGAAAGCAAACCUCUCCUCUUGCCUGCUUACUGUCAAGCUAGGAAGUCCCAGAGGGGGAGAACACCAAACAAACUGCUUUUCCUAUUCCACCGCAAGUUCGGAAUCAACAUUUUAACUGUCAGUUUCCCCCCCCUCCCUUUUUUUCCCCUACAGGAAAGAUAUUGGGUGAAAUCUUGACUUUUCUCUCCCACACUGUUUUAUGACACUAACAAGGUGCAAUGACAACUUCACUCAGUGAGGUGACAUGGUACAGAUAUUUAUUUUCCUCGGUACCCAUAUACUGGUGCUACAGAAGUCUUGUUACUGUAGCAUUUUCUUUUACAAUAUAAAAAAAAAAUCCCUGUGUAGGGAAAUCAUGACUGGUUCUGUUUAGAUUCAAAUGUAUUUUGUCAAACAGAUUAAGUCUGAAGUGAAUUCCAGAUUGAUGAAAAUACCUUGAUACAUGCUACUCUAUAAAUAUAGCAGGGGCCAAGCUUGAUUCUCCAGGCUGUUUUAUUUGGACAGUACAGAAAUCAACAUGCUUUUGUUCCUAGGACAAAUCGCUGUGUGAAUACACCCACUCCAUCCACACACCACAAUUAUUUGUAAAAACGAGCAACACAACGACACAUACAUGAUUGGUGAGCUCAGUUUGUCAGACCUCAUCUCAGUGAUUUACAAUGCUUGUAAACUAAGCUAUUUGAACAGAUUAUGGUUUAUCGCUGUUGACAAAACAAUUAUCACUGCACAUGAACUGUACGCUUCAAGGGAUCUGUACAUAGCCAUUUUAAUAAAAUUCUGAACUUGGAACUGAGCAAUUUCUUGCCAGAUGUUUAUUUACCAAAUAUUUUAUACUUUGUCUAACAUUACUGUAAAUGCUUGGAAUAAUCAGUGUCUUCAUACCUAAGUUGUCGGGAUGUAUUGAUUCACUGAUAGAGGCCCUGGUUCAAAUGUUUGAAAAUCACUAAAUUGACAAAAAGCUAUCCACCAGAUAGCCCAGUUUUCCUAAUGGCUCAGCUCUGGUGCCUACAUACACUAGACUUGUACGAUUUACACACGCGUCAUCUCUGAGACCCAGCUUAUGAGCUCUAUCAGCAACAGAUUUGAAUUUAGAAUGGGAAAUGAAUGUGUUUUAUGUAACAAAUGUUAGUAAUAUAUGCCAUUUAGCAGACGCUUUUAUCCAAAGCGACUUACAGUCAUGUGUGCAUACAUUCUACGUAUGGGUGGUCCUGGGGAUCGAACCCACUACCCUGGCGUUACAAGCGCCAUGCUCUACCAACUGAGCUACAGUUAGUGAACCGAAUCGCAUCGAUUUGUUCCUCUAAUCAAACUGAAUCGUAUAAUAUCGGAGCCCAACUAUCUAGAUGCGUAAUUGAAUCGUUUUGAAAGGGAAAGAGUCACAUCCCUACUAAGAAGCCUAUAGUGGGAAACUUUAACUACCAAUGCUAGUACUAACUAUUUCUGUCCAAUGUUUUAGAAUACUUGUUCAAUUUAACUAUCAAAUUGUAUUGCCUUUCAGGUUGGGGCUUUUCCCCUCUUAGCUGUUGUAUUUGUUUUAAUGUUUUAUAUACACUAGUUCAAAAAGCAAAUAGUUUUAUUUUGUACAUUUAUGUUUUUCUUGACAUUUUUAAGCCGUAUCUAUUUAUGUUUUGUAGAAGGAUUGCUAUGUAAUUGUUCAGGGGAACUGAAUUGAGCCAUGGGUCAUUUGCAUGGGGAAAAAAUCUGCUGCUUUUGUCACAAGAUAUGUGAAUCACCAAUUGAGUGGAGAAGUCAAUGAAUCAUUGAUUUCUGCAUGUUCUGAUUUAUUUGGAAAUAAAGCUAUUUUUAUGCACAUUAACUAAAAUGGUUGGAUCAGUCUUUUCAGUAUUCCGGUGACAUUUACGAUCUACACAAAGAUCAGCAUGAGGUGUAAAGUCUGCCAGCUCAGUCUGUCAUAGAAGUCUGCCUUAUCGUCCUGUAUACAUUACUCUUAUUGUUGCUAAUGCAGUUUAACCUGACUAUCAACUCGACAAUGUAAUGGUUAUAUUACACCAGAGCUUGCUUGCAAUGUGCCGCACAGCCUGUACUCAGAACUUAACCAUCAUGAUUACUUCCCUGUACCUGUUAUAUCUUUGAGUAUAUGAACAGGAUAGGUGUAUUGUAGAACACUAGCUGUUUUGAAGUCUACUGAAUGCUCUUCCCGGCAGCAUAGUCUGUAUCGUGAGACCUCACCAUCCUGAUACUUGUGUUAUUUUUUUAGUACAGGACUGAUGUACUUCCACCACAGGACACUAGCUGUUCUAUACGUCAUAGGGUGGACUUUAGCUCUUUUACGACUUGUAUUAUCAAUGAUCUUUGCAUGCGCUCUCAAAUUAUUUUAAUUUUAUGUGUGUGCUGUGACUGGGCAAUUUGCUGUGCUUAAUUGUAUUAACUUUUUUUUAACCACCCUUCUGUAAUUGGCGCAUCCCCUAACUAUGCUCUGCCUCGUUUUAUAGCCUGUGGUGCACCUGUAUUCGGGUCACUGGAGUAUAAGAUGGAAGUUGUCAGUCCAAACGACAAAGGUCUGAGCUGUUGGCGCAAGCACGUUGUGGUGUCCAUCCUAAACUGUUUGCCCUGCGUUCAGGGUUGUCGGCUAUUGUUUGUAGGUCUUGCUCAGUGUCACUUGUUCUUCCCCAUGUUUGUGGUGAUGGUGGCUUCGCUAGGUAGAUUUGUCACAUGUAAUUUAAUGCUCUUAGUAACGGUACAUGAUUUGAAGUCCUCGGUAUUUGUCUGAGCCAUGCUCAAGUCACCAUCCAGGUAUUUAAUUAACAUUGCUAUUCGUGUUUCUGAAGUUGCCUGUUUUAAAUAUUGUAACAGAAAAGAUUGUUGUAAUAAAAUAUUUUUUUAUAAAGCG